ACUCAGGACAAGGAUCUCAUAAACGGCUUUGCGGAUAUUGAUAUUCACGACGAUGGAGACGCGCCCGCGAGGACUAAAAACCUGAAGUACAUGCAGCAGCUGCAAAGGGUCGCGAACCGGGAGCAAGAGAUGUUGGUCAUCGACCUCGAGGAUAUAUCUGAGCAUGACCGCACGGUAGCCGAGCUUGUCUCAAGAAUCCGGAGGAAUACUCGUCGUUACGUCGCCCUGUUCAGCGAAGUCAUCGACGAUAUCAUGCCCCAACCGACCAAGGAUAUUAGCGAGCACGACGAGGUCAUUGACAUUAUCCUACAUCAACGCAGGCAGCAGAAUGAGAAUGCUGAAGCUGGAGAACAACUCAUUCCGAACCACCUGCUGAGGCGAUACAACCUGUACUUCCAGCCCCUCCGUUCGGACAUUGCUAUGGCAGUGCGCGAUGUAAAGGGUGCCCACCUCGGAAGGCUCAUCACCGUACGAGGAAUCGUUACCCGCGUCUCUGAAGUAAAGCCUCUACUUCGGGUGAACGCCUACACAUGCGACUCAUGCGGCUCGGAAACGUUCCAAGACAUCACCAGGAAAGACUUUCAGCCCAUCUUCGACUGUCAGAACGAGGACAGCUGCAAGAAGAACGGCAUUCGAGGGACGUUGCACAUGCAGACCCGUGCAUGCCGGUUCACUCCCUUCCAGGAAGUGAAGAUUCAGGAGAUGGCGGAUCAAGUUCCCGUUGGCCACAUACCGCGUUCGAUGACUGUGCACGUUCACGGUUCGCUCACGCGACAGAUGAAUCCCGGCGACAUCGUUCAUCUCGGUGGUAUCUUCCUCCCCAUUCCCUAUACCGGCUACCAAGCGAUCCGUGCCGGCCUCCUUACCGACACCUUCCUCGAGGCUCACCAUAUACAUCAGCUCAAGAAGCAGUACAGCCAGAUGGAACUUACGCCUGAGAUCGUCCGCGAAAUCGACGCGCUGAGCCACGACCCCGAGCUGUAUAGCAAGCUCGCUCAGAGUAUAGCCCCCGAGAUAUAUGGUCAUCUUGACGUGAAGAAGGCGCUACUGCUACUCUUGGUAGGCGGUGUCACGAAGACCAUGGGCGACGGCAUGAAGAUUCGCGGAGACAUCAACAUCUGCCUCAUGGGUGAUCCUGGUGUGGCCAAAUCCCAGCUACUCAAGUACAUCUCGAAGGUUGCGCCGCGUGGCGUCUACACGACGGGUCGUGGAUCUUCAGGUGUUGGUCUGACGGCUGCGGUUAUGCGCGACCCCGUUACCGACGAGAUGGUUCUUGAGGGUGGUGCACUGGUCCUCGCUGAUAAUGGCAUUUGCUGUAUCGACGAGUUCGACAAGAUGGAGGAAUCCGACCGCACAGCGAUCCACGAAGUCAUGGAGCAGCAAACCAUCUCGAUCUCCAAAGCGGGCAUCUCGACAACACUUAACGCGCGGACCUCCAUCCUCGCCGCUGCCAACCCUCUGUACGGCCGCUACAACCCGAAAAUCUCCCCCGUGGAGAACAUCAACCUGCCCGCUGCCCUCCUGUCCCGUUUUGACCUGCUGUUCCUCAUCCUCGACAAGCCCACACGCGAAGACGACGAGCAGCUCGCGAUGCACGUCACCCAUGUGCACAUGUAUAACACCCACCCCCCGCUCGACUUCGACGUUCUCGACCCCACACUCAUCCGCCACUACAUCGCCCGCGCACGUCAACACCGUCCGACGGUUCCCGCCGAGGUGUCCGAAUACAUUGUCAACUGCUACGUCCGCCUGCGCAAAGAAGCGAAGGACCAAGACGCGCAAAAGAAGUCGCACACCUACACCUCCGCACGUACACUCCUCGGUGUGCUCCGCCUCUCGCAGGCCCUUGCGCGUCUCCGCUUCGCCGACGCCGUCAUGCAGGCAGACGUGAACGAGGCGCUCCGUCUCAUGGAGGUGAGCAAGAAGAGCUUAGCGGAGGACGACGAGGAGGGCCGUGACCACGACCGUUCGGACGUCAGCAAGAUCUUCCGGCUCAUCAAGGAGAUGGCAAAGACGGCGCAGACGGGGAAGAAGGGUCAGGAGGACGCGGAAGAGCUGUCCAUGAUCGACAUCCGGUCGCGCGUCCUGACGGCUGGCUUCACCGAAGCGCAGCUCAUGGAGACGAUUCUUGAGUACGAAGGUCUUGACGUCUGGACCCGAGUCGCGCACAACUCAAAACUGCGCUUCAUCGAGACGGAUUAG